ACAUCCUGGGACAAAAUGUCACCCAAGAGUGGUCACAGCCACAGCAUUGAAGGAACUUUCAGCCCUACUAAGCCCACCGAAAAUAGUCCUGCUGGAAGUGAAGACGAGUCUGAUCUGGAGGUUGUCUCCCUGAAGGAGCGGAUGGCAAGGUACCAGGCAGCUGUUUCCAGAAGUGACUGCCGCAGUUUCUCAACUAACGCCAUGGAGGAAUCAGAAGUAUGCACAGUGCCUGGUGGUUUGGCCAAGGUGAAGAAACGAUUUGAAAAGGAUGGAAUGACUUUGUCCUGUAAUACAUUUUCUGAGUACCAGUAUCAACACCAGAACAGAUCUGAGCAGGAGGCAGUCCACAGCAGUCAGGAAAUAAGGAACAAUCAAGAAGUUUCUGAAAUACGUGGAACUGAUGUCCUCAAAACUGAGAUGAUAUCUCAUCUUGAAAAGUGUGCUGAAGACAUAAACCAAGCUUCUCAGUUUAAUCAAUAUGUUCAAGAGACAGUCAUUGAUUCACCUGAGGAUAAAGAAACUCCUAAGGUUUCAACUAAGCUUUUAAAAGAACAAUUCGAAAAGUCUGCCCAGGAAAAGUUUCUCUAUUAUGAUAAAGAAACAGAAACUUCAGCCAAGUAUAUAAAGAUUGAAAGUGACAGUGAAGAAAAUUUCAAGCCAUUGUCAACUGUGAGUACCUCCUCUUCUUGCACUUCAAGCAGCCAAAGGAAAGAAAGCUCAACCUCCAGUUACAGUAAUCACAGCAUCACUUCAUCAGCUCUGGCUCACGUUAAUGCCACUCCUUCAGGAAAGAUGGAAGAACUCCCUCCUCCCCCGUCUGAUUUGCUUCAAACUCCAAUAGACAUGACAGCAUUUUCCCAGUCCCCUGAGUUGCCCAGCCCUCCUAGAAGACUACCAAUCUCUAAAGAGCUAUAUUCCAAACAAAGAAAUUUGUAUGAAUUAAACCGUUUAUAUAAACAUAUCCAUCCCGAGUUAAGAAAAAACUUAGAAAAGGAUUACAUCAGUGAUGUUUCUGAGAUUGUUUCUAGCCAAACAAACUUGGGAAGCUCAGUUUCAGCAGAUGUACAACAAGCUCGGUAUGUUUUUGAAAAUACAAAUGACAGUUCUCAGAAAGAUCUGAAUUCACAAAGAGAAUACUUGGAGUGGGAUGAAAUUCUGAAAGGAGAGGUGCAGUCAAUAAGGUGGGUCUUUGAAAAUCAGCCACUAGAUUCUAUCAACAAUGCUUCUCCAGGUGAAGGUAAUAUUACCAAGGGCAUUGCUGACCAAGAGAUCAUUGCUGGGGGUGAUGUGAAAUAUACUACUUGGAUGUUUGAAACUCAACCAAUAGAUACACUCAGGGCUCAUUCUACCGGCACUGAAGAAAACACUGAGAAAAUUCCUGAGCUAGCUAGAGGAGAUGUCUGUACAGCAAGGUGGAUGUUUGAAACAAAGCCAUUAGACUCAAUGAACAGAACGCAUCAAAAUCAAGAAGAAUCAACAGUAACUGUUACCAAGGACAUCACUGGGGGAGAUGUUAAGACUGUGAGAUACAUGUUUGAGACUCAGCACGUGGAUCAACUUGGACAGCUUCAUUCCAUAGAUGAAGUUAACUUACUGCAGCUCAGAUCUGAGCUCAAAGAAAUUAAGGGAAAUGUUAAGAGAAGUAUAAAGUGUUUUGAAACUCAACCACUGUACGUUAUUAGAGAUGGUUCAGGCCAAAUGCUAGAAAUUAAAACUGUGCAUAGAGAAGACAUUGAAAAGGGGGAUGUGAGAACAGCCCGUUGGAUGUUUGAAACACAGCCCUUGGACACAAUUAACAAGGAUGCCACAGAAAUUAAAAUUGUCCGAGGAAUAUCCAUGGAAGAAAAUAUCAAAGGUGGGGUGAGUAAAGCGAAGUGGUUAUUUGAAACCCAACCACUGGAGAAAAUCAAAGAGUCAAAUGAGGUCAUCCUUAAAAAAGAAAUGAUAAUAGGUACAGAUGUUUCAAAAAAGUGUUGGAUGUUUGAAACCCAGCCACUAGACAGUCUAAAAGAAAUUCCUGAUGCAGAUCCUGUAUCACCUGAAGAGAGAAUAGGGGGUGAUGUAAAAACCACCAAGCAUCUAUUUGAAACACUUCCAAUAGAGGCUUUAAAAGAUAGUCCUGAUAUUGGAAAGCUUCAAAAAAUUACUGCAUCCAAAGAAGAAAAGGGGGAUGUUAGGCACCAAAAAUGGGUUUUUGAAACCCAACCCUUAGAAGAGAUUAGAGAAGAUAAAAAGGAGUAUACACGAACGGUGAAACUUGAAGAAGUUGACAGAGGUGAUGUCAAGAACUACAAGCACAUCUUUGAAUCAAAUAACUUAAUUAAAGUGGAUGCAUCCCAUAAAAUUAAAGUGGAGGGAGUCACAAGAGGGGCCGUGGAGCUGAAUAAAUCUCUCUUUGAGACAACACCACUGUAUGCCAUUCAAGAUCAUCUUGGAAAAUACCAUCAAGUAAAGACAGUCCAACAAGAAGAAAUUCUAAGAGGUGAUGUGAGAAGCUGCAGGUGGCUUUUUGAAACAAGGCCCAUUGACCAGUUUGAUGAAAGUCUUCAUAAAUUUCAGAUCAUUAGAGGAAUAUCUGCUCAGGAAAUACAGACGGGGAAUGUGAAAUCUGCUAAAUGGUUGUUUGAAACCCAACCUCUUGAUUCAAUUAAAUAUUUUAGCGAUGCAGAAGAAACAGAAAACAAAAGUGAAGAAACAACAGAUAUUGUUAAAGGGGAUGUCAAAACCUGUAAAUGGCUUUUUGAAACCCAACCAAUGGAGACUCUUUAUGAAAAGGUUUCCUUGACAACUGGCAGUAAAGAUAUUCAUAAGGGUGAUGUCCGAACCUGUACCUGGCUCUUUGAAACUCAGCCACUUGAUAGCAUAAAGGACAACUCUGAAGCAACAGUCAAGUUGCAGACUGUAAAACAGGAAGAGAUCCAAGGUGGGGAUGUUCGUACAGCAUGUUUUCUUUUUGAGACAGAAAAUUUAGACAACAUACAGGGAGAAGAAGGGAAAGAAACUAAGCCUAUGGAAAUGGUUAUCCAAGCUGGGGAUGUCUCUGGCAUGAAGUAUAAAUUUGAAAACCAGUCUUUAGAUUCUAUCAGUUGUAGUUCAGAGGAAGUUUUGAACAAGAUCAAAACCCUAAAAACUGAAGACAUUCAGAGAGGCGAUGUUUUACGCUGCAGGUGGCUAUUUGAAAACCAACCCAUUGAUAUGAUAAAAGAAAACCAAGAAGGUGAUGGAUUGGUUAAGACAGUGACAGACAUACAAGGUGGAGAUGUGAGAAAGGGGUGCUUCAUCUUUGAGACUUUUUCUUUAGACGAGAUUAAGGAAGAAACUGACUAUAUCAGCACCAGGAAAACAAGUACUGAAGAAAUAAUAAAAGGUGAUGUAAAAAGCUACAGAAUGCUGUUUGAAACACAGCCACUCUAUGCAAUUCAGGAUCAAGAAGGGUUUUAUCACGAAGUGACAACAGUUAAAAAAGAAGAGGUAAUUCAUGGAGAUGUACGAGGAACAUGGUGGCUUUUUGAAACAAAACCGUUAGACUCAAUUAACAAGUCAGAAAACAUAUAUGUUAUUAAAUCUGUCACUCAGGAAGAUAUUCAGAAGGGGGAUGUUAGGAACGUCAGAUACAGAUUUGAAACUCAGCCACUGGAUCAGAUUUCAGAAGAAUCACAUAAUAUUGUGCACACUGUUGACUCCAUUCAAGGUGGCAAUGUGAAGACAAGUAAACAAUUCUUUGAGUCUGAAAGCAAUAAGAAGGGUUACAUAAGAACAGUUAGUGUCAGUGAAAUACGAAAGGGCAAUGUUAAGACUUCUACUUGGCUAUUUGAAACUCACAGUAUAGACGAGCUAGGAAGAGAAGGAUUUGGGUAUCCAAAUAUGAAGACUGUUACCCAGGAAGAUGUGCAGAAAGGUGAUGUUAAGCAGGCAGUGUGGCUUUUUGAAAAUCGAACAUUGGAUUCUAUUAAGGAAGCAGAUGAAAACAGCACAAAAGUUAGCAAGGAAGCAAUUCCUCCAUCUGAUGUCAAGACAACUACAUGGCUCUUUGAAACAACACCUAUUCAUGAAUUUAAUGAAAAUAGAGUGGAAAAGGCAGAAAUUAUUGGCAAGAGCAUUAGAGAAACCUUGGAAGACCUCUAUUCUCAAAAAGUGAUUGAAGCUCCCGGAAUUAUCCUUGAAGCCGAUGAAAUUGGGGAUGUUCGGAUGGCAAAAUACAAGCUCAUGAACCAAGAAACUCCUGAAAUACAGAAAGAGGAAAUUAUCAGGGCAGAUCUCAGAAGUAUAAUGAUGAACUUACUUUCCAAGAGAGACUGUACAAAGAAAGAGAUAUUGGUUAGUGAAGAAGAGAAGGGAAAUGUCAGUUUGACAAAAACUCAAUUAUUAAACAGAUCAACUGAAUUUCAUGCUGAAAAGGAAGAGGUAGUGAGAGGGGAUGUACAACAAGCAAUAAAAAACCUAUUAUCAGAGGAGAGAGCUGCAAAGAAAGGCAUCUUAAUUCAGGAAGAUGAAAAAGGAGAUAUUAACAUGACUAUCUAUUGUCUUCUCCAUGAAAAUGCUGAUGACAAGAUUGAGCGUGAGGAAGUAAUAGGAGGUGAUGUGAGACGUACCAUUCAUAACCUGUUAUCUUCUACAUCAAGCAGUAAAAUAUCUGAAAGGACAAAAAUCGAUGCCUCGGAGAGGGGAAAUGUUCAGUUCGUCACAACAUGCAUAGAAACUGGAGCUUUGGAUUACCUCAAACAACUCCAAACAGGGUCAAAUAAAAUAUUCACAACUAGGAAAGAAGAGGAAGAAGAAGAAACAAUUGGUGGUGACGUUGAGGACACAAAAAUGUUACUAAAGAACAGGCAAUGCCAGUUUCAACGUACUGUUAACGAAACUGACAUCAUCCCAGGAGAUGUUCAUAAUAUAGUUAAAGUCUUUAUGACAGAGCCUCAGAGUUCAUCUUAUAAGGCACGCAAAGAAGAGAUUAUAAAAGGUGAUUUGAAAUCAACCUUGAAUUCUCUCAACCAGGCCAUAAAUCACAAAACAGUGGCUAAAACAGAAGAAAUGAUAAAAGAUGGCAUGUUGGCUACAUUCAAGUCACUUAAGGAGUCAGAUGACCAAUGGAAAGAAUCUAAGCAGUCCGGUAGUGUCCCUGGGGAUAUCGAGCAAGCUAUUGAAUGCCUUGAGAAGGCUACAAAUACACGGACAGAAAUCCUGAAAAAAGAGCUUAUUCUAGAUGAUCUUGAAACAUCAUUAAGGUCCUUGAAAGAAGCACAAAGAGGUUUUAAAGAAGUUGUUGCUAAAGAAGAAAUAAUCAAAGAUGUACCACCUGCAAUAGUAGGGUCCUCAGGAAAACAGGAAGCAGAGAUUUAUCCAGCCGCUGCCCAGAAAGACAAAAAAAAUAUUCUCCAGCCAAGGCCAGGACCAUUUGAACCAGCAGCCGUGCGGCAACCAGGAGCAGGCACAGAAACUACAGAGAAAUCCAGCCAUAGGACUUUAACAGAAGAAAGAACUGAGGCUAAUCUUCCCAAAGCCCCCAAGGGCACAGUAAAGAUAGUCGUUGAUCGUGAACAAAACAAUGAUGCUCUUGAGAAAAGCCUUAGAAGGCUAUCCAAGGCAGAACGCAGAGCUACGAAAGACGUGUUGGAAAUGGGUGACAGAAUGGUUUUCUGGACUGAGGCCAAAGAAGAGCCGCGUGGUGACCAUAUGAGCAGACAGUUAAUUUCAACUGUGUCAGUGAAGGAAAAUCUAAAAACAAAGGAAUCAGAUACUGUGAGAGAACCGAAGGAAGACUUCAUCCCUAAUUUCCCUCAGUCUGUGGAUAACACACUUAGAAAGCAACAGACUCCUCAGACGUGCGAACAAAGGAAUGACCGCUACAAGUCCCAGGCCCAGGAUUUCUAUGUGAAGAGUCAAAAACAUAUCAAGAACAUUGAGGUGACAAGGGACCUUCAGAAGCAAACCUUGUUAAGGCAAGAGAAGCAAUAUUCUAAUAAAGAUAUGAAGAAAAAUAAGAUGAACCUUCAACCUUUGCCUGUAUAUCAGGACAUUUCCAAUGCAACAGAAGAAAAAGUCUCCGGGAAAAGCCAUAAAAAAUUCCAGGCAACUGACAAAAAGCAGAAAACUGAUGUGUAUCUAGAAAGCCAGGACUUUCUAAUGAAGACAAAUACUUCCAAAGAGUUAAAGAUGGCAAUGGAGAGGUCCUUUAAUCCAAUCAACCUUCACCCUGAGUACAAUUUAAAAGAAAGUGAAGGCUCCCUUCCACCUCCAUCUCCCCCUCCUCCUCCACCUUCUAAUACAUCAUCUGAAAUUGAAUUUCCUCUCCCUCCUCCACCUCCUUUAAUGCUGUUGUCCGAAAAAAAUGAGUUUCCUUCCUCACAAUCCAGAGAGAAGAUGAGAGCUGAAUUUGAAAACUCCCUAAGCCUCCCUCUUCCUCCACCACCAGUGGAUGAGAAAUCUGAAAGAGAAUGCCUAUCAACAUUCCCACCUCCUCCACCUCUUCCAACACCAUCACAGUCAGUACAUCUUUCCUCUUCUCUUCCAGAACAGCACAGUAAAGCAUUCAUACAAUAUUCCCCCAAAGAAGCCUUGGGGUCUCAGCAGAUUCACUCACAGGCUAAAAUCAUAACAGGGAAAACACCACCUCCCACACUCCCCAAACCCAAACUUCCCAAGCGACUCAGAGAUAAAAGAAACCAGCUUUCUCCAAAUGUUGAAUGGGAACACUCUUUGUCAGAUAUGGAAAUUAAAACCACUCUCUCAAAAGAUCAGAAGAGUUCACUGGUGGCAGUGAGCAGUGAGCACACAGAGAUAAAGCAGGACGUAUUCAGGAAAAAUCUCAGUGAGAGGAAGCAGCUGUCCAUUGACUCUGCAAAGCCUCUCUCACAGACAGUUCCAGAAACCUCAGCACCCAAAGGAGAACAGAAAGCACCUCUUGUAAAAUCCCACUCAUUUCCAGCAAGUGCAGAACAGCAAAGUCCAAAACCUUACAUGAGAAAAUUUAAGACCCCGUUAAUGAUCGCUGAAGAAAAAUAUAGACAACAAAGGGAAGAGCUUGAAAAACUGAGACAGGGGACUUCUUGCCACGACAUUGUCAAAACAGAAAUCUCAACCCAAAACAUAUCAGAGUUGGAGAAAAAAAUACCGUUGCAAAAAACAGCUGAGGAGGUCCCAGAACUCAGAAAAGGUUCUGAGCUCACUGGGGCCCAACCCCACCCCAACUCUAAAAGCAGUGCUCCCAUUUCAGGCACGUGCUCCAACAGCCAGUUCUCCACAGCUUCAGCAGUGACAGCUGCUACUGGGAAACUCCAGCAUAUUCUAGCAGCAUCAGAAGACAAGCAGAACAUGGGGAAAGAAGUCUUGGAGAGCUCAAGGGACAUUCUGCAAUCUAAAUCAGCUUGGGAUAUCAACCAGAGUCACAAAGAUUGUGGCACGCAGCAAACACUAGAGAAGUAUGAGAUGUUGCCCUCACCCCAAAGCAAACUGGUUUCCCCAGCUUUCAAAGUUAAAACCAUCAAGCUUCCAACUCUAGAUCAUACAUUGAACGAAACAGGUCUCAGUUAUGAAAGUCACCUACAGCAAUCUGAAGUUGAUGUUCACACCAUUUCCAGACAACAGAAUCAGGAAACCAAGAUAAAAGAAACAAGCACAGAAUACAAUAAUAAGCAAUCUGUGGCUGAAAAAUAUGUUCAUUUACCUAAAACAGAGAGAAGAGUAACAAUACAAGUGCCUUCAGAAACUUCAAAGAAAAAUCAUGAAAGUAAGCUCAAAAUGUUUCCUGAGAAGCAGAGGGAAUCUAGGGAAUCUAGCAAAGGAAAUCCCUUAGGGAGUGAAGAAAAAAGUCAGGGCUCAUCAAUGAACAAGCCAAAAGAAGACAGAUUAGUAGGAGAAAGAAAACAGGAGCAUUUGAGAGAGGCAGCACCAAAGGUGUUCAAACAAAAGAUUAUUGAUGUGCAUCUUGAUUCACAGACUCAAAAUUUUCAGCAAACACAAAUACAAACUUCUGAAGGGGCAAUUGAACAUAAAAAAUUAUCCCAGUCAUCUAAUACUGUGCAGGGAAAAAAGUAUCUUAGAGACAAGGGCAUGAAACAGAAACAGAUCUUCUCUAACACUAAAGAUUCAGAACAAGAGAUUACACAGAACAAAUCUUCAUUUUCCUCUGUGAAAGAAUCCCAACAGGACAACGGAAAAUGUGUUGUAAAUAUAUUAGAAUUUUUGAGAAAACGUGAAGAGCUACAGCAGAUUUUGUCUAGAGUAAAGCAGUUUGAAGCUGAGUCAAAUAAAAGUGGCCUUAAAACAUUUCAGAUACUGUUAAAUAUUGUUCCAGGAUGGCUGAUAAGUGGAGAAAAAAGAGAAUAUGGAGUUCGUGUUGCCAUGGAGAAUAAUUUAGAAAAAGUCAAAGAAGAAAUAACACAUAUUAAAACCCAGGCAGAGGAUAUGCUUGAGUACUGUGAAAACAUAAUUCAAAAAGCCAUGAUAGUUUCCCAAACAGGAAAACAGGAAAAUAAGCCCACUAGUCUUAAUGAAACAUCACUGAAAGCACCUAAGAUUGAAGCCAGUUGUAAUAAAUGCACUGAACAGAAAGAAAAUAAAAUUGUAGAGGAAAAAUCAGUGCAGCAGCAAAUAGCAACUCAUCAUGAAACAGCUUCUUACACUCCUGCUGAAACACAUCAAGAGCCUAAGAGAGAGGAUAGCAAGGUUUCUCCUCCUUCUUUAAAAACUCGACCACCAUCACCAACUUUUAUAACAAUUGCAUCCACUGCCCGACGAGCAGAAAUCCCCACUAAGGAUGAGCUUUGUCAGGUCCCUAAAAAGGACAGUGGUACUGAAACCCCACUCAGAAGACCCAUAGUGCAAACAUCUGGAAUUCACCAAACAAGCACAUCCCCAUCUCCACCCAGGAGUCGCUCUGAACAACUUGUCAGACUCAAAGACACAACUGCAAAGUUAGCCAGAGGCACUAUGGCAUGCCCACCAGGAACCCCAGUACCGAUUGUAGAGAAGAGAUCUGAAGUUGUUAUGUCUCCAGCAACCCUUCGUCGUCAAAUUAAGAUAGAAAGCCGUGGCAGGGACUCUCCACCUACCAUAACAAUACCUGUAAGUAUAAAUCACAUUGGGAGUGGUUCCUUCAGAGAAUCUGUGGAAGCUCAAGAGGAAGUGAGGAAAAUAGAGAAAAGAGAAACUUUUGUUCAUAAAGAUAGAAGGAAUUCCAUCAAGAGCUUAAUGCCAGAUACUGAAAGUUAUGAUGCAGUGGAAAUCAUUCGCAAGGUGGAAGGCCCUUGCCUGUCAGAACAUACACAGAGAUAUGAAUCUGCCAAUCAAACUGUUCAAAUGGCUGAACGUUUCCUGAAUGACCACGAAAAUGAAAUAAACAGAUGGUUUAGGGAAUUUGAGAAUGGCCCAAUUUUUGAAGGAAAAUCAGAGAGAAGAGUUUAUGCAAAUGGAGAAGCAAAUCAAAACACAAAACAAGAAAGUCACAUAUUUUGCAAAGAAGAAUUUGGAUUAACAUCCUUAGGAAAUGCGAAUUUUACAGAUCUUUCUUACAAACAUCCCCGAGAGUUCCAGGAAAACAUCCCUGCUACACAGCCCAGGGGUCACACCGAGGCAAGAUUUCUGAAUGAACAUUUCUCAGGCGUGGAUGCAUUUGAGAGUCAGAUUGUUGGGUCAAAAGUGGCAACAUCACAUAGCUCAGAAACUGGCAGAUCUGGCUUUGACUUCAAGCAUGCCCCACCAACCUAUGAAGAUGUGAUUGCUGGCCACAUCCUGGAUAUCACAGAGUCACCUGAAGAGCUCAGAAGGGAUUUCCAGAAGACAUGGCAGGAGAGUGAAAGAGUUUUUAAGAGCUUGGGAUGUGAAACCUCAGAUGCUUCUGAAACUGAAGUGAGGCAAAGCUUCCAGGAGGAAUCUGCAUUUCUCAGUGACAAGGAAAUAUGUAUAAUUUGUCAAAAGACAGUUUAUCCAAUGGAGUGCCUCAUAGCAGACAGGCAGAAUUUUCAUAAGACCUGCUUCAGAUGUCACCACUGCAACAGUAAACUGAGCUUGGGAAAUUAUGCAUCACUUCAUGGAAAAACAUACUGCAAGCCUCAUUUUAAACAACUUUUUAAGUCUAAAGGAAAUUAUGAUGAAGGUUUUGGACACAAACAGCAUAAAGAUCGAUGGAACUGCAAAAAUCAAAACAGCUUAGUGGACUUAAUUCCCACCGGAGAAUCAAGUGUGUGUAAAAAUCCUAUAACAGAUACUGUCUUCCUUGGGGAUCUUACUAAAUAUGUAGAUGUUGGUAACAGUGAAUGGCAAAAACAUGAUUUCAGAAAAUUGGGGGAGAGGGGAAAAUUAAAAAUUAUUUGGCCUCCUUGUCAAGAGAUACCAAAGAAAAAAUUUCCCCUUGAGGGAGAAUUCAAAAUGAGUAAACCUAAAUGGCCACCGGAAGUGACAGUCCCUACGUCCCCGGAAAUGAAAAGGGAAUCACUGAUAGAACACAUUAAAACUCUGGAAGUUAAAGGACAGGAACAAGGUAGCUUUCCUCUUCUACAGCCAAGUCAGCAUGUAUGUCAGAGAGAGGAUGCUACAGGAAUCCAAGAAAUGAAAAUGAACGAAACCAGAGAAGAUGAGAAGGAAGGACAGAAUAAUGUGCAUGAUAAGCUGAGUGAUGCUGAGGAUGUGGAGAAUAAGUGGAAGAGUGGAGUGGAUCUUACAGACAGCAGCGUGUUCCUGCACAGUGAUGGAAAGGAGAAAAACGGGAACACUAAUGAAGCUGAUGGUGCAGAAGUUGUACAAGUUACGAACACUGAUGAUGAGGUGGAGCCAGAAAGCCAUAAAGAGAACUUCAAUAAGAAUAAUAACAACAAUUAUGGAGCUGUCUCAUAUCUGAAUAAUUGCAGGCAGAAGAUAUCUGUUUUAGAAUUUCCCCAUCUAUUGCCAGUGUCCAAUGAAGCAACCUAUUGUGCAAGCGAAUACCAAAUUAAAAAGUUAGAAAAUGCGUCUAGAAUCUCAGAGUUACUUGGUAUAUUUGAAUCUGAAAAGUCAUACUCCAGGAAUGUCCUGGCAAUGGCUCUGGAGAAACAGGCUGACAGAGCGACUGCAGGCGGUCCUGUGCAGUUGGCUCCAGAGCCAGGCUUCCAGCAGGGCUUAUCAGUGAAAAGGGAAAGCCUCACAGUCUCUUCCGAAGCAAACCUCUUAAACAUUAAAGGAAACCGUGAAAAUAACAAAAAUUUACACCUUUUCUUUUCUGACGCUGUGAAAAUUACCUCUUUUUCCAAGAAAAAAAACAUUUUUGAGUGUGAUUUAAUAGAUUCUGUCGAUCAAUUUAAAAAUAUGUCAUGCUUGUAUUUAAGAGAACUUGGAAAGGAUAUCAAACACUGGCAUGGCGAAACUGUCAGAGCAGCUCAGAGAGAUAGAAACAUAGGGUUUGAUGCUCUGAGCCCAAGAUAUGCGGCUAAGCCCACAUUUCCCAGUGUGGAAGGCCAGGCUGAGCAUCUCACUGUGGAAGAGCAGAUAAAAAGGAACAGGUGCUACAGUGAUACUGAGUGAAGCAGCUCCAGCCACUCGCAGUCCACAUGCAGGCACUGAGAGAUGAUGUUCUCAAAUAAGACUUCAUAGUCAUUGAUAACCUUUUGAUGGAAUUCUAAAAAUAAUGUUUAUACCUCUCACCUUCACAGCAGGUUAUUUCUUGCAUUGUGCUUUAUAAUUCUUUUCAUAAUUCAUUUGAAUUUACUUUUGAUCUGAAUAGAAUGCAGAGAUGAAACAAUGUGGCUAUAUUUUCUUUUCAAAUGGCACAUGAAUCAUUCUGUUUUUU